AUGGCGAUGCACGACUGCAACCAGGAGGCCCGGGGACAGCCAGAGAGAAAGAGGAACCGAGAGUGUGUAUAAGCCGAUACACACUGCGAGAGCACGAGAGCACGAGAGUCUCUCGCGAUUCCUGCCUUUUCUAUUUCCAUCGCGAGCCGCUUCGUCCCUACGCAUAGUCGAAUUGAUCGAAAUAUCAGAGGCACUACGAUCAUGCUGUCGGGCAUAGCGGCGUUCUGGUUUGCGGCGGCAACGGCCUUCGCGAGCGCCGAGAGCAUCCUAAUGACCGAGGUGUUCGUCAUUCCGGUCAGGCCGGAGACUUUUGAGUGGAGCGGCGGCGACGCGAGAUCCGACCAAUUCUCCUAUCAGCCCUCGUUGCUCAACGCGCCCGACCUUCCGUCCUGGAUUCAUUACACGUACAGCAAGAGGGAUCAUCGUGGCUUUCUGUACGGCGUGGCGCCGAAGGAUCAGAAGUACUUUCAGCUGGAGAUCGUGGGUCUCGACAAGCACACGUACGAGACCAGAUACAAGGUCCUGGACAUGAUCGUCCUCGAGAAGGAGAAUCUGACCAAGUACGAAGUUCACCUCAAGAUCGAUAAUCUAAACGUGGAGGAUAUGUUCGACCGUAACCGCACCGAGGAACUUCUCGAUAUAUUUAGGAAGAAACUGUGGAAAGACGCGAUAGACUUGUACGUCACUUUUCUCGCGUCCGCUAUCGAGCUUGGUGCUCGUCUGCCUCUGAAACCUAGCGAGGGAGAAGGAGUGGUCAUAAGGCUGGGCAGUUCGAUGCCGUUCUCUCAAGAGCUGAACGAACUGCAGGAAGAGGUCAAGCCUCUAUGGAAAUUGCCGUCGUGUCCGCGAGACUUCAAGCGCACCAGCGUCGAGAGGCUCUUCAGGGAGGCGGAAUUCACGCUGGAUUGGUGCUCCUUUAGACUGGUCGAGCAGGAGCAGCAGAGCCUGCAACAGGAGAGCGCCAGACGGGGAACCAGUAUGAACGUGCUGGGUUUACCGGCUUCAGGAAUUUCCGAGCACACGGAGUGGCGAUGGGCCAGGACCAGCAAAGCGGGCAUUCCCACCAGGAGUUACUUCCAAGAAAUCGCCACCACGAUCUUCGUGCCGACGAUACUGCUCCUUGUAUUGGCUGCGUUGCUGAGCACCGUGCUGUGUCUCAAUCACGAGAAAAUGAACGACCCGGAAUCCGAAGAGUAUUUCUACCAAUUGUUUAAUAUUUUUCUCGACAGAAAGGUAGCCAGCGAAAAAAGGGAAACCACGUCGGGAGAAGGAGUGAGCAAUAAUAACAUACAAAUGGUGCAGUACGCAGCUAUCGAAAGGGGCACGUUGAAAUCUCUCUCGGCUCAGCCUUCGAGUCCCAACGAUUCCUUGUUACGAAGUCCCAGGAUUUCCGACGAACGUUGCAAUCCAUACAUUCGACCGAACCCACCACCGUACGCAGGACCGAGCAACCUGGCUGGCAUUAGGGCUGAUUUCUGACUACACGAGGAGCCAGCAAAGACGUGGUUUUGCUGAACUAAUAGGCU